AUGACCCUCCCAACAUCUAUCAUGGUCUCCGCGGUGCACUUUCUCAAAGGGAGCCUAGCUCUUACCGCAACGCUCUUGAAUAUUUUCGCCCCGGUAAACGCCGCUCCACAGGCUGCAUCGUCUUCAUCUACUGCUCUUCGCACAACAGCGGCAUACUACGUCAGUGCUAAGACCACUACCUUUGCCAGUACCACACCCUCAGCAACUGGAACGGACGAAAAUGUAAUCAUCGUGAAAGAGACAGGCACUGCCUAUGUUAUUGACAGUGUGAUCGAAAAGACCGGAGACACGACGGAGAGCGAGUCUAGCUCCUUCACAGACCUCAAUGCAGCCGUUGGAGUUGAAACAAAUGGCACAACUUAUAUCAAGGACAGCAAGAUCAUCACUAGUGGUCUAAGUGCCAAUGGGCUCCACACUUACGAAGAUGACUCUGUUGCAUAUCUUGAUAAUGUGUGUGUUCAUGCCGAGGGAGAUGGAUCUCAUGGUAUAUACACUGCUGGAGGUGAUAUAUACGGAAAGAAUCUCAUAAUAAAAACCUACGGAGGCAAAGGAAGUGCCAUCGCUACAGAUCGAGGCGGUGGUCUUAUCGUAGUUGAGAAUUGCGAUGUGUACACAUACGGCUCUCUCUCGGCUUUGGUCUACUCUACUGGAAAUAUCACCACGACCGAUCUUCGGGGCGUUUCAGACAUUGCACCAGUGGCAUGUGUUGAUGGAUCAAAUUCGUUUACAUUCAAUAACCCAUCUAUCAAGUCUGGAUCCCAGAUGCACGGCGUGUUUCAGAUUGUCAGCACAGCCUCCAGCUCCUCCUCGCUUGAUAGCACUGUAUAUGCCUAUGUUACCGGUGGUUGGUUGAGGAAACGAACGGAACGUAUCCCUUGA